UCUGGAUUGCCCUGCAUCCUAGCCAAAGCAUGAAAGUUAUCUACAAAAGUCUGCCAUUUGCUGAAGGAGUGGUUGGGAUCAGGCUUGUGAUGAAGAAAUAGUCGUCAUCCUUAAGGACGACGGGUUAGCCUGAUUGUAGAGUCAGGACUAUGACAUUUAUUGCGGUCGUGAUGAAUCUGAAGCAGCGGUCAUCAUCCAUGUAAAGGAGAAUGCGACCGAUCUUGAAAUGAGAAUGAUGCCCUUGAGCCGAUCCUGACGAGGACGGCAAAUUGUAGGUCGAUUGUGAAUCCAAAACAACGAUCAUCAUCCAAGUGAAGGAGGAUCUGAUUGUUCUUGAGACGGGAAUGACGGUGUUGACUCGGUUCUGACGUAGAUGACGACUCAUUGCCAGGAAGAGCAAGGGUACAGCCGGUCGGGAGAAUCACGCAGCUUCCCUUCCCGAUGCCAGGGAGAAGCAUGUAGCUCCCCUGCCUCACAAAGUGCCACCUACUGGGAUGAGCAAAGAUACAGUGGGUCGAAGAAGUGAACUUGCUAACCUGGCAACGAAGAAAGAUGCUAAAUCUCGUCCCCUGAUAUCUCACUCAGGUUCCGAUGGUGCUAAGGAGAAUCGCAAUUCCUCCCCCUCUAGUGAGGAGCCACUUGCUUAGAGGAGCGAAAGUGUCGUAUGCUUCUUAGGGUAGGUAAGGGAAAUAACCCUACUUGUUGGAUCCCUACUCACCUCAUUCGUUUCUUUGCAGAUGUGCCAGGUCGGAGAAGCGAACUUGCUGCCUUGGCUGCAAAGAGAGAUGCUAAGCCAUGUUCCCUGUCAUCAGAUCUUUUUUCUCUGCAGGGACUGAUGUAUCUGGCCGCAUUGCUCCGUGCUAUGAAAGAUCAGCGUAUGGAGCUCCAGCGUCAGGCUGAUGGAGCCCAUCUGCAGGCUACCCAAGCUCGGCAGCAUGCGGAUGGAGCUCAGGCAGCCCUGAGGAUACUUGUUGCAUGCAAUGAACAUGAUAAGAGAGCCCUGAUCGAUCUCCAAUCAAAGUGUGACUAGCUAAAGUCCGAGUAUAACCAACUAAAGGCGUCGUUUGCGGAUGCAGCGCAACAAGCAAUUGCGGCGUUCAAAGGUUCUCAGGAGUUCUCCGAGCUUCUUUCUUCCCGGACUAAGGAUGUGGGGCAGCAAGCAAUUGUAACGUUCAAAGCUUCCCAAGCAUUCACGAAGCCCGUUUCUUCCCAGACAUAUGCUCUCCGCGCAGAGCAAGUUCGUGAUUGGCUUCAGACCAAGGAGGAUUGCAAUUGGCACAAAUAAAUGUCUUGUUCUCUUUUAGUUGUGGCUGGCAUGAUAUGCAGACUAGCCGUGAUGAGGCGGAGAAGAUGGGCAAUGUUGAUCUCGGACUUGUUCUCCGUGAUUGAUUUAUCACUUGAGCUUGCUUACAGUUCUGCGCUCUUAGGAUUAGAGAGGUUUCUCGGCGCUCCGCACUUGACCUACAAGCUUGGGAUGCUCCAUACAAGGAGAAAGAGGAGUCCAGACCCCCAUAGGCC